AUGAACACUGGGGCCAAGCUAGCGACCUACGCGGACUUUGUGGCACCAUUGCUCGAUGUCUCGAUCUUCCCUAUAGUGGACAGCGACCUGCCAUUACCGCCCACGUACUACAGCGCACUUCAAAGGGCGGGCUACGAGCUAGAGACGGAAUUGCUCUUGACUCCCUUGUCCCAGGUGCAGUCAAAGCUGAAGCACGCCAGCAGCGGAGGUCGUCGAUCCAUCGCUGGCGCUCGCGUAGGCUCGAGCUCGAGCUCAGGCUCCGGCAAGUCCCUGUCAGCAAGGCAAAUCGAGAGCAUCGUGAAUGAAGCCGCCCACCACCUCGCCCCAAAAUCAAGGACUUGUGCUGCGGUGCUGCACUCAGAAGGGCACGAUUGGGAGCACGCAAAUCGAGCUGGGGAGAGUGAACAAGCAAGUCCCGAGGUUGGGACACAAGAGCAGGGCGGGAGCACCGCAGCUAGGGCAGGACUUGGUGCGGAUCACCUGAGCGUGGGAGACGACAUGCUGGACGACCUGCUUGGAGGUGGCGUUCGCUGCGGUAUGCUCACCGAAGUGGUGGGCGAAAGCUCCUCUGGGAAGACACAGCUGUUAUUGCAGCUUGCUGCGGCCACUGCAUUAGGUCUCCCUGACGGGUUUGGCGAGGCAGACUCUUCGGCCUUGUCAGGCGGAGUUGCGAUCAUGACGCCGAAUGGACGAGCUGGGGCGUACGCCAUCGUAAAACGAUUAUCAGAAAUAGGAGACGCUCUGAUGCGGCGGCAUCUUCGACGACGUGCAUAUCGCGCCAGAAAACGCCGCCGAUAUGACAGUCUGGAUCCGCCUGAUGACCCUCUCCAAUUCACCUUGCCUGGCCUGAUCGAGCGGCUCUCCAAAAGCCCGCCAAAUUCACGAAGGCCUCGACACUCACAAGCACCUCUCAAGCUGAUCAUUAUCGACGACCUUCCCGUUCUCCUCAGCGUCAACGAUGCUCUGUCCGCCUCAGCAGCCUCUGCAUCGAAAGGCAUGCGCGACAUCGUGACGCGUGCGCGAACUAUGAUAGAGCUCACAGAUCAGUUGAAAAGAGUUGCCCUCCUCGGCACACGAACGCCAUCAUUUCCUCAUCGAGCGUCGACGUCGGAUCCCCACCCUUUUGCACUAGCUGCAGGCAUUGCUGUGGUCGUCUCGAACCACGUCAUGGACGCAUUCGAAAAGGAGCGGGAAAUUGCUUUGAGCGCCUGCGUAGCCCACGAAGCAUCGCAAGCCGGUGAAUCAGUCUGCACCUUACUCGGGUCUUCUGGCUACAUCUGGCCGGUUGAGGCGCGCUUUGCAGCGGCAGACAGCGCAGAAUGCUGUGGUCAAAAGUGCUCAGAUGGAUCGACCAUCCGCUUCAUGCACUUCCUACAUGGACGAGAAUGA